CAAGCAAACGUGCGCGUGACAGCUCGGGAGAAGAGUGUCGGUGAGCGCAAGACCUCUUUCUUUGCCUUUUCACCCGUUUAUUCUGUGUUUUGUGCCACUACACCACGGUUUGUCCCGGUGCGAUGAGAAGACAGCUGUCGUACACUAGUUUUCCAAAGAAGCGUCACGGGACGCGUCUCAAAUAAUCCACUCCGACUGAAGCGCACUGCUCGCUGCCUCCGUCAACUUCUUCUGUUGCUUUUGACGAUAUUUAGAACAUUGUAUCACACCUCAUUAAUUUUUUACGAGCCCAAAGCUUUGCAGAAGAUCAUGGAGACUAACCCUAUACCCAUUUUGACUAUCCAAACGACCCCCUUCGACGACCAGAGACCAGGAACAAAUGGACUGCGAAAGAAGACAGCUGUUUUCGAAAGUAAAAAGAACUAUCUUCAAAAUUACAUCCAAAGUGUGCUGUCCUCCAUCGACUUGAGGGACCGUCAGGGAUGCACUAUGGUGGUGGGCAGCGAUGGAAGAUACUUCAGCCGGGCUGCAACUGAAGUCAUCGUUCAAAUGGCAGCUGCUAACGGGAUAGGACGUCUAGUCAUUGGACACAACGGGAUCCUGUCCACCCCAGCAGUCUCCUGCAUCAUCAGGAAGAUAAAAGCCAGCGGUGGAAUCAUUCUCACUGCAAGCCACAGUCCAGGAGGCCCAGGAGGAGACUUCGGGAUCAAAUUCAGUGUCGCUAAUGGAGGGCCUUCUCCAGACACAGUGAUAGAGAGGAUCCAUCAGGUCAGUCGCACACUAGAGGAAUACGCCAUUUGCCCUGACCUCCACAUCGACCUAUCCCGCCUUGGCCGUCAUGACUUUGACUUGGAGAACAAGUUCAAGCCUUUCAGAGUUGAGAUUGUGGAUUCAGUCGAGAUUUAUUUAAACAUGCUGCGGACGCUUUUUGACUUCAGUGCCAUCAAGAGCUUGCUGACAGGUCCAAAACAGCUGAAGAUCCGAAUAGAUGCCAUGAAUGGAGUUAUGGGACCAUAUGUCAGAAGAAUCCUAUGUGAUGAGCUGGGGGCUCCAGCUAAUUCUGCUGUUAACUGUGUCCCUCUGGAGGACUUUGGAGGCCAGCACCCCAACCCUAACCCAGCUUUCGCUGCACCUCUGGUGGACUCCAUGAAGGGGGGAGAGUUUGGCUUUGGGGCUGCUUUUGAUGGAGAUGGGGAUCGUUACAUGAUUAUGGGACAAGAUGGGUUCUUUGUGAGCCCGUCAGAUUCACUGGCAGUGAUGGCUGCAAACCUCUCCUGCAUCCCUUACUUUAGUCAAAGAGGAAUCAGAGGUUUUGCCCGCAGUAUGCCAACCAGCACAGCCAUUGACAAGGUUGCUAAGGCUAUGAAGGUGGCGCUUUAUGAAACUCCCACAGGCUGGAGAUUCUUUGGAAACCUGAUGGAUUCUGGGAGGUGUUCUUUCUGUGGAGAGGAGAGCUUUGGAACAGGUUCAGACCACAUCCGAGAUAAAGACGGGCUGUGGUCAGUUCUGGUAUGGUUGUCCAUAAUGGCAGUGCGUAAGCAGGGGGUGGAGGAAAUAGUGAGAGAUCACUGGGCCAAAAUGGGACGCAACUACUUCUGCAGGUUUGACUAUGAAGGAGUGGACGCCAGGGCAGCGUAUUACCUCAUGAAAGAUUUGGAGGCUGUUAUCAUUGAUAAAGCUUUUACCACUCAAAAGUUUUCUGUGGGCAGCAACGUCUACAGUGUGGAGAAGGCUGAUAAUUUUGAGUACAUCGACCCAGUGGACGGCACUGUGUCAAGGAAACAGGGCCUAAGGAUCAUCUUCACAGACUCAUCCCGAAUCAUCUUCCGGCUCAGUGGUUCUGGGGCUGGAACAGGGGCCACCAUCCGCAUCUACGCUGAGAGCUACGAAAGAGACCCAGAGAGACACAACAGAGAGACUCAGGUUGUGCUGGGACCUCUCAUUGCUAUCGCUCUAAAAAUCUCCAACAUCCAUGAACGAACUGGACGCAAAGGCCCCAAUCUGAUCACCUGAGACCAAUCCAGCAGCACACACCAGGGGCCAAAUUCACCUUCCUCACUCACCGUCUGAUCCGUUUUGUGCAUUUGUGCCUUUUACCCUCAACGCCACAAAGAAUGUGCCAACUAUUCAUUUUGCUGCUCUUUUAUCAUUUCUCUCCUUGUUUUCCUUUCUACCCUCUCAUUUGUCAUUACAAGGGCCCCUGUAUGGUUUUCUCUUCUUUUGCACAUUUAUAAACUCAUGUAAACCACUAAACAAAUCCAAAGGGAGCAAAGCAUUUUCUUCAUGCUUAUGCAAAGACUCCUUUCCUGUGUUUAAUUCAACAAGAAUGAGGUUAGAAACAGAACAUAUGUAGACCACUUUGGUUUUGAAUCAGCUGCAUGGGGUCUAAACCUUAAACCUUGUGAAAUUGGUGUAACUGUAUGCUUUUGUUUACAAUGUGGCUGUUACAAAGAAAUGUAUUCAAUGCAAUCAAUGAAAUGAGGGAGCAAUGCUGUUCAAUAUUUACUUAUUUCUGUGGAAUUCACAUUAGAAACAUAUCAUAAUCUGUAGAGCUGGGGCCUCAUUUACAAAAUGUUGUGUAGAAACCGUCCUACAGUACAUUUGAACAAGAUCAUUUCUGAAAUGUGAGUACGUGUGCUUCAGAGAACGAAAAAACGUGCAUGCACCUCUAAAAGCAUAGAAGUUUUCCGUUUUUAGUUAAAAACGUGGUCGUGUAAAACGGCCCUUAUAAGGUCAAAUGUGACCCUGGACCACAAAACCAGUCAUAAGUCGCACGGGUAUAUUUGUAGCAAUAGCCAACAAUACAUUGUAUGGGUCAAAAUUAUCGAUUUUUCGAUUUUUUUUUUGCCAAAAAUCAUUAGGAUAUUAAGUAAAGAUCAUGUUCCAUGAAGAUAUUUUGUAAAUUUCCUACCAUAAAUAUAUAACAAACUUAUUGUUGUGAGUGGAUAUGCAUUGCUAAGGACUUCAUUUGGACAACUUUAAAGGCGAUUUUCUCAAUAUUUAGAUUUUUUUGCACCCUCAGAUUCCAGAUUUUCAAAUAUUUGUAUCAAAUAUUGUCCUAUCCUAACAAACCAUACAUUAAUGGAAAGCUUUUUUAUUCAGCUUUCAGAUGAUGUAUAAAUCUCAGUUUCAAAAAAUUGACCCUUAUGACUGGUUUUGUGGUCCAGGGUCACAAAUGUGUGUGUACGGACGUUUUAUAAAUGAGGCCCCUUAUGUCCAACAAUGAACCACUAAAAUAAUAAUCAUAAAGAUUGUCUUGAAGAACGGUUGUGUUAUAAUUCUACGUCCAAUCUUGUAAUCUGCUAACACUGGUAUUGAUUUGCAAUUUUCUGACCACUUUCUGAAAUGUCCGCCAGGUGAACUCUGUGGUGUGAAUCAAAGUAUGAAAUGAGUUAAAGGAAAGUUUGGCUAUGAAUUGUUCAGCUUAAAUUAUGCUUAGUAGUUACUAUUAUUUUGUUGAUAUUUCAUUUUUAAAACCCUGCAUGAAUCAGUUGUUAGUGUGUCAGAUGGAUUAUGUGCAUUCCAUAGUGUGAUGAGAAACAUGCCUCUAAGUUUAUUAUUAUUUUUAUUAUUAUUAUAUAACACUUAAGGAUUUUUGAAAAUUGUUGAUCCCUUAAAAACACUUUACAAAUUACAACGACUCCAAGGUGAAAACAAAUGCUCCCUUUUAAAUAUUAUUUUGAUGGACGAUAGAAAAAAGUAAAUAAAUACAAUGGCCUAGCUGUAAUUAAUUUUGUAUCCUAAAACGUGCAUAAAUAAACUUUAUCUUUUGUGUG